AUGGAACAAAAUCAGGGUUACUGGCCGAGGUUGUGUUACUCAUCGCAAGCUUCUUCUGGAUGGCAGUUGGAACAAUCGAGGUUUCAAUGUCAACAACAUGCCAGACCACAAACCCAGGGGUCUGGUGGGUUUCUUUCGUCUCAAUUAAUAUUUUCUGGAUUUAUUAUUUCCUGUAUCGUAAUCACAUUGGGAAUCAUGUUCUUCCAAGGAGGAAGGAACCCAGAUUUUAAUGUUGAAUAA